AUGGCAGUCAUUCCCUCGACUGCCCUUCUUUCGCCGAUCAAGAAAGGCUCGGCCAACAAUUUUGGACCUGCACAUCCACUGCCCCGGAUCAAGCUGCAAUUCAUGGUGCUCAGCAUGGCUUCCAUGACCACGCUUAAGGGAGAAACGUUUGAUCGCUCUCUCUUCGAGUCAGUGUUGAAAAGAAGGUUUUUCUUCACCGAAGCAUUCGAAAUUUAUCCACUCUCACCUAAUUUCAAGGGUGAUAACCGCGGCCUCUUCGACUAUGGUCCGCCUGGAUGUGCCCUGUCGGCCAAUCUCGUGGACACUUGGAGGAAGCACUUCGUCCUCGAAGAAAACAUGCUGGAAGUCGAUUGCCCGGUCAUAACACCAGAGCUUGUCCUCGAGACGAGCGGUCACGUCGAUAAAUUUUCCGACUGGAUGUGCAAGGAUCCAGCGAAAGGAGACUACUUGCGGGCUGACCAUCUAAUCGACAAUUAUGACGGCUCUGGACUCGCUGAGCUCAUCAAACGACUUGAUAUCCGCAAUCCCAAUGGAAACGGGGAAGUCCUUCCUCCGAUCCCGUUCAAUCUGAUGUUCAAAUCCACUGCCGGACCCAAUUCGGCAGCUCCUGUCUAG